AUGUCGCGAAAACCAGCUGAUGUGGCGUCAAAAGAGCGCAACGAAUAUAUCCCGUCUUUUAUCGCGAAGAAACCGUUCUACAUCGAUGAUGAGUCGACUGCUAAUGAUUAUCUCGAACAUCAACGUCUUCAGAAACAAGCUACAGAUCAAUCGAAAUGGUACGAUCGUGGGAAGCGCGCUGGUCCAGCAGCCACCAAAUAUCGCAAAGGCGCUUGCGAGAAUUGCGGUGCCAUGACCCACAAAUCGAAAGAGUGUCUAAGCAGGCCCCGAAAGCUCGGUGCUAAAUGGACGGGUAAAGAUAUACAGGCCGAUGAGGUUGUACAGAACGUCGAACUGGGAUGGGAUGCUAAGAGAGACCGAUGGAAUGGCUACGAUCCCAGCGAAUACCGUCAGGUUAUCGAGGAAUAUGAGGAGCUCGAAAAGCUGAAACGCAGUACGAAACCGGGAGGUCAAGACGGAACAAAGAUUAUGGAUGGCGAAUUGGACGAUGAGGAAGCUGCUAUAGAGGAAGCUCGGUACGCUGAAGAAUCAGAUAUGGGACGACAACAAAGCACUGCGACUCGCAAUCUACGUAUUCGAGAAGAUACUGCAAAGUACCUGCUCAACCUUGACCUCGACUCGGCCAAGUACGAUCCUAAAACUCGGCGAAUGGUCGAUAUGGGUGCGCAGGAUGAUCAAGCUGCAGCGCUUGUUGCCGAGGAGAAUUUUGUUCGCGCGUCUGGGGACGCUGCAGAAUUUGAGAGAGCUCAAAAGUAUGCUUGGGAGUCGCAAGAACGUGGAGAUAAAAAGAUCCAUCUCCAAGCCAAUCCCACAUCUGGUGAAAUUUUACGAAAGAAAGAGCAGGCCGAGAGUGAGGCGAAGCGUCAGGCUCAACGGAAGGCACUAUUGGAGAAAUAUGGUGGCGAGGAGCAUCUCAAACCUACGCCCCUCCGGGAAACCAUGGUCAUUGAGAACGAAAGAUUCGUCGAAUAUGACGAGACUGGCGCAAUCAAGGGUGCGCCGAAGAACGCAGUCAAGUCCAAAUAUCCAGAAGAUGUAUUGGUGAACAACCACACUACAGUAUUUGGAAGCUGGUGGCAUGACUUCCAGUGGGGUUACGCUUGCUGUUUUUCAACGGUGAAAAAUAGCUAUUGUACCGGUGAAGACGGUAAGAAAGCAUUCGAGGAAGCAGAAAUGAGGUCGAUGGGUUUGCUGCCUGGGCCAGAGACGAGUGACCAAACCUCCGCUCCGGUUAAGGGCGAGACAAACGACAUCCAUGAAGCCGAGGAUUCGACUGAUCGCAGUCAGCGAAAGGCAGACACCGAGGCAAACACUAGGAAGAGAACAAUGAUGGAGAUGAAAUCUGGUGUUAGUGAGGAAGAGUUGGAGUCGUACAAACGAAGCCGUCUCGCCGCAGACGAUCCAAUGGCUUCGUUCAUCGGUAAAGAAUGA